AUCCCACAUCAGCAGUCUCGGCACCGGAUGUCGGUAACUAAAAAGCCGAGUGGCGUCUUCUACAGGAAAUACCUUCCGCUGUGGAGAGCAUUUGUGAAGGGCUGCCAUUUUACCGACCUUACGCAGCACAAAUGAAUGAUGGGGGGCAAAGUGAUCCAGCUCACCUCUAAGUUUCACCAUGAAAACAUCCUGGGCUCCCUGCAUCAGCUCAGGCUGCAGGGCCAGCUCAGUGAUGUCACAGUCCAGGUGGACUACCAGGGAGGCGUGCAGGAGUUUCAGGCCCACCAGGUGAUGCUGGCAGCAUCCAGCGGCUACUUCAAGAAGAUCCUUCUCUCUCAGGACGCAGCCCGAGACAAAGUGCUGCUCUCGAACAUGCACUUCUGUGAUUUCUCAACGUUUCUGGAGUUUGUGUACACCGGUAAAGUCGAAGUCGCCAGAGAUAAGAUCGGUGAUGUUCAAGCAGCGGCACAGUUUUUGGACUGCGGGGAUCUGUCAGAGGUUUGUGGCGAAGCCAUGAGUGCUGGGAUCCUACGAAAACCUACAAAGAAAACGCUUGCGUCAGAAGUUGUCGGUAAUGAUGACUUACAUGUUGCCAAGAAAGAGAAGGGGACCAAAGGGAAGAAGCAGCAGCCUAAAAGCUUACCUCUGAAGCGACAGCUCUCUCCACAGAGCUCUGAGAAAGAAGUCAUUUCAAAGAGAUGCAAGACGAAGAACACAGUGGUGGAUAAAAAAAGACCAGGAAGAAAGCUAAAACUGAGCAUAGCUGGCCGUAAAGUCCUUCAGAGGCGUUUAAACACUAAAGGAGACGAUUUGAACAACGAAAACCAAGUGAGCAAUGAAGACACGGAGGAAUAUGAGGACAGUGCUGAAGCUGAGAAUCAGGCAGAGAAAGGAGACGAGUCAUUCGUGAGAAUGCCAGUCUCUGAUGUGGAUGAUUGGGAAGGUGAGGAGGAUGAGCAGAGUAAUGAUCCUGAAGACUCCUUGUUGUUAUCUUUAGAGGAAAAGGAGGAGAAGAAGGAGGAGGAGGAGGAAGAAGAAGAGGAGGAUGAGGAUGGACAGUCCAAAGAGACAUUAAAAAAAACAUAUAAGGCCCAGUUCCAGUGUAACAAGUGCCAACGCACCUUCCACUAUGAGAGGAGCUACAUGAAGCACAUUAGUACGUACCACGGAGUGAAAGCAGAUGUCAUCUAUCGCUGUGAGACCUGCUCGCAAACCUUCGCUAACCGCAGCAACCUAAAGAUCCACGAAAAGCACGUCCACAGUACCGAGAGGCUGUUCACCUGCGACUCCUGCACGAAGACGUUCAAACGGAAGAAGGAUGUUGUCCGCCAUCAUAGACAGGUACACGAACGUAACAAUCUGCGACAUGUCUGUCCUGAGUGCGGAAAGGCGCUCAGCUCCAAAACCGCACUGUUGUUGCAUGAGAGGACACACACAGGUGCAAAGCCUUAUGAGUGUACCGACUGUGGGGCCAGAUUUACCCAAAACUCUGCUCUCAAGAUGCACCGCAGGACUCACACAGGAGAGAAGCCAUUUGCAUGUGACAAGUGUGAAGCCCGGUUCACUCAGAAGCACAUGUUGGCCUAUCAUAAGCGGUCACACACAGGAGAGAAACCUUUCAUGUGUGAAGCCUGUGGGAAAAGCUUCGCAUCGAAAGAAUACUUGAGGCACCACUCAAACAUCCACACUGGGUCGAGGCCAUACAAGUGCGAACAAUGUGGUCGAGGCUUUGCUCAGAGGAAUUCUCUCCACCAGCAUUUAAAAAUACACACAGGUGAGCGUCCGUACAGCUGUAAAGACUGUGACAAGCAGUUCACCCAGCUCAAUGCCCUCCAGAGGCACCAGCGCAUUCACACAGGAGAGAAACCCUACAUGUGUGGUCUUUGUAGACGCACCUUUACGGACAAGUCCACCCUUCGCAGGCACACUAUGAUCCAUGACUCGGAUGCUCCCUGGAAAACCUACCUUGUGGUGCUGGAGGGAAAUGUGGAGGAUAAGAAACCCAAAACCCCAACCAAAGGAAAGACAGAAAAAGCAGGUGCGGGAGAGAAAAAGAGCACCAUGAGAAAAAGCGACACUGGUGCUGGUACUGCUGGCAGUCCCAGUAUAACCCACACAGACUCCACUGUGGUGCAGGCUGAGCAAGUCACAAUCCCUUCUGAAUGGACCACUCAUGGAGCCAUUGCUCUGGUCAGCCACGGCACCCUUGGUGGGAUCACUGUCAUCCACACUGAGGUGGCACCUGGGACCCAGAUCCAGCCCAUUGUGACCACUGACAGCACAGGGGCCAGUGUUAUUUCCUUAGAUGGAUCAGCCAUCCCUGUCCCGUUCUCUAUACCAGUAUCCAUGGCUCACCAGAUCCCCUUGUCCUCUGAAGCUUCCACCAUCUCUCUGUCCGUACCCACUCUCUCAGUUCCUGUUUCUGACGGCACGUUGGCGUCAGUCUCAGAGAUCCCAACUGUUUCUACGUCAUCUGUCCUGGAAGCUGCCGCUUCACAGACCAUUUUAGCUCCAGCCUCAGAAAUCAAAGCGACUUCAGAGACGGAUAUUUUGCCGCCUGAUAUUCAGACUGUAAUUGUCGAUGACAAGAUAUGUGGAAAAGAACAAACAGCUGAUGGACAGCAGAGGACAGCAGAUUACCCAUUAGCUGAAUCUACAGGGGUCCCAGCUGAAGAUACGGUGUAGAAAAUGCAUGUGAAUAUAUAAAUAAUUUUAUCUGGGUGCAAGGAAUUUAAAAUCUCAUUUAAAUGUUAUUUUAUUUGGCAUUAGCAGUGUCUGAAUGUGUGCUCUGACCAUAUGGUGUUUCGUUAUUAUCAUCUGAAAUCCAGUGUUUCAUUAACAGACUUGGAUGCAAUGUUCAGUGUUUGGUAUUUUUUGGAAUGUCAAGGCAUUCAUUAAAAAUCCCAACUUGUGCUUUGAGACAUAGACAUAAUUAAUUAAAUAUUGUACAACUCUUACAUAUAUAUAGGGUGAAUUGUGGCACAAGUCAUAUUGAAUACAAAUAAAAUGAAGGUGAUUGUUGAUUCAUUA